AUGAUAAAUUUUAAGCAGAUAAGUUAUCGUAAAUAUUCAACAUUUCUCUAGAAUGAGAAAAAAGUGAAACAGAUAUUAAACUUCUGGUUUACUGAAAAUUAUGAUCGACAUUCCACAUUACCACCUGCACUUUUAAGAAAAUGGUUUAACCCAACACAGGCUAUUGAUGAUUAAAUUAAACAACAUUUCUUCCAGGAUUUGCAUAAUCUCAAGAGUGGCCAAUACAAUGAUUGGGAAAACCAUAGAGAUGGCAAACUAGCAAGCGUAAUUCUAGCAGAUCAGUUUUCAAGGAACAUUUUCAGAAGACAAAAAGAUGCUUUUGAGUAUGAUGAAAUUUCUCUAAGAAUUUGCAGAUAAAUUCUGAAGCAGGAUAAAAUAUACAAUUAAUACAAGAAUUUUGAGAAAGUGUUCAUUUUAUUGCCAUUUGAGCACUCAGAAAACCUAGAUGACCAGCAGACUUGCUAUUAUAAUCUCAAGUUGUUGGCAGAUAACAUUGUAAAAGAUGGCUACUAUGAUGCAGAAGUGGCAAUGAAUAUGAUGAUUAAAUACUCUUACUAACAUUUGAAAGUUAUUGAAGAAUUUGGCCGAUUUCCUCAUAGAAAUGAAGUACUUGGAAGGCAAUCGACUCCCAAUGAGUUAGAAUAUUUAAAAGAUGGCUAGAGAUAUGGCCAGUGA